ACAAGUAACGUGUUUAUGUUUUAUCGGUACUAUGCUUACAAAUAGGUUUAAAACUGUACACAAUGUAUGUAUAACCAAACAGAUUUGCAGUGAGACUAAAGUAGAAUACUCUGUUGACAAAAUUGUUCCAACUUAUGACUAUAUUGGAUGUUACGAAGACAAGCCAUCGAGGAUUUUAGAAGGAAAGUUUACCAACGGAGAUAUGACUGUGGAAAAAUGUAUACAGACUUGCAGUAUUGCGCAAUAUCGCUACGCUGGGGUUGAGUAUAAAAACCAAUGUUUCUGUGGAAAUAAAAUAAAACCGUACAAAAGACUUGCAGAAAGCGCAUGCUCAACAUCAUGUGGAGGAAAUUCAAACCAGAAGUGUGGCGGGACAUGGAAAAUAUCCAUAUACCACACAAACAAGUAUCUUGGAUGUUAUGUGGACAAAAGAUCCAGAAUUCUGAGUGGUCCAAAAACCGAUAGUAGUAUCAAGAUGACGGCCAAGUUCUGUCUCCAAUUCUGCAAGGGAAAAAACCAAGCAUUUGCUUUAACGCAGUAUUCCAAACAGUGUUUCUGUGGAAAUAACUUUAAGGACUACGACAAGAAAAGUGACAGCGAGUGCAGUUAUAAAUGCUCCGGGGCAAGGAGUGAAUUCUGUGGAGGUUUCUGGAGAGGAUCAUUGUAUGUUGUAUAAAAAACACG